AUGAAUCGCUCACUUGAAUUCUUACGUGAACAGAAAUUGAAUGAUUUGAACCGGGUUUUCAAAAAAUACUUUGAAGAAAAUGUUCAGUUAAGUCAAAAAAGGAAAAACGACGCCUUGCGUUACUGGGAACCGAUUGUGGAGUGGAUCAUAGAUUAUGUGAAGAAGAACGAUGAUCGAUUUGCUUCGUUGAGUAGAUUUGGCUCUGGAAGCUAUUACGAAAGAGCAAAAGUUAGGGAGCCCGAUGAAUUUGAUUUGAUGCUCAUCUUUGAAGACCUGAAAUUUACAAGUAUGGUGAGCUUUCAAACAGGACCAGGCAUGACAGUACAACCGCCAUUAGGUAGGUGGUGGAUCGCCAUUCACAACAAAUUAUAUUGAUGUUGCUGUUCGAUCAAAAGAACUUGAACUCGCUCUGCGAGCAGGCUCGCGUGUUUGAGGUAUCAGUGGAUUUGCCCGACCCGGCGAAGCCGGCGAGAAGAAUAGAGAGAUUUAGAAUCUCGUCAAACGGGAGAGGUAAUUUGUUCCAGCCAUAAGAAUUAUUUUGCAACAUUUUAUCUGCUCAUUUUUUAAUCGGAGAAAUUGUGAACUCGAAUCUGACGUUUGCUGUUUACCGUAUGAAAGCGUGAUUCUGCAUGUAAAUUUCUCUAUUGUCUCGUCGGUUUCACCGGCUUGCGCUAGCGACCACGCUGCUGAAAUAUUCCCUCGAUUGCCUGCUCGCAAGCUGUUGCUCAUAUACUAAUACAAAUAAUUAAUACAUAUCAUUAUUCAUUCAAAAUAUUUCCCCGAUUCUGAUUGUCUAAAAGCACACGUUUAAUUCACCAUAACCAGUUACUGAUGACCAAAUUUGAAAGAAUUUUGUGUUUAACGAGGAAAUGACGUCAAAAAUGCAGCCUUCUACAGGUUAAUGAACCGUUAACCGAGAAGACCUGGAGAUGAGAUUGAGUUGUUUUUGGUUGUGAAAGCAAAAAUGGCCGACACUUCACUCGUUUCAAGAGUAAGAACUACAGCUGGAACAAGGCAAAGUAAUAGUUAAAAACAUAGCAAAAACAGCAAGAAGACAACUCAGAGGGUGACAUCUGCUAUUUGGAGAAUAUUUGCGGAGCUGGACAAACCUAAACGUACACUAUGGAAGAUGAACUGAACAUCGAUAGAUCGAUGGAGAUAAGCAUGUUUUAGUUAUGUUUUUAAACUAGGAAUUAUUUUGAAUGAAUAAUAAAACAAUUAUUGAAUUUGGCUUUCGUAUCAUAUGAAGAAUUAUGCAGUUCAAGGAGGGUGUUAUCUGCCUCGGCCUUCGGCCGCGAUGGAUAACACCCUCCUUGAUCUCCAUAAUCCCUCAUAAGAUACUCAGCCUCAUUCAUUAACUGUUAAAUAAUACAUGUCGGACCAAACGUGUACUGAAGAGUGUCAUGGCGUAUAUUAAGGUAUCAUCCAGGGUAAAAAAAAUCACCAUUUUUCGAAAUUUUUAAUUUUAAAUGAUUAAGUAGAGCUCAUCAAGAGCUUUCGUUUAAAAAAAAAUUCCAGGAAAAAAUGUUUUUUCUGUGCAGACUGAUGGAGCGCAAAAGUUUUUCUAUGCUAAUUAUUUUAAUUGAUCCUUGACAAGUCCUGUCAUACUUGAUACGCAUACCGCUGUUGAACGAAGCUAAUCACGCAAAUGACAGAAAUCGUGGUCUACAAGUAUAGUGCUCACUAUUUUUCCCCAGAUUUUGGAAGUGAAUGCCUCCAAAGAAGAAAAAAGAGCUUGUCCGGUUUCGUCCUCGACUCCAAGACAAAAGAAGACGACAAAAUCGUUUUGCAAAGUGUGGGCUUCGAAAUUAGCAGAGAGCGACAAGGGCUCCCAUUGAAACCCAUUGAAACUACCGCCAAAUCAAGUUUCACGAGUUUCUUAGCGAGCGAGGCUAGCUUUUUACGCCGCGAAGCGGCCAAGGGGAGCAACAAAUUCGCGAUCUUAACUGGCUUCUUCCGUUUAUUUUUGGCUGGCCUGGUCUUAAAUUUACAGUGACACUCACUUUCCCAAAAAGCUUCUCAUUUCUGAAUAGCAUUAAUAUUUUGAUUUUUGAAAAGAAAUAAGCAAUAAUCUGGAACUAUUAAGCUUUCAGAAAAUGUAUGGUUUAUGGGGGUAUUAUUUUAUUAAAAGCAAAAGCGCUAGCGCCGAUCAACGCGGGGAAGGUGCGUGAGGGUGGAUGAUACCUUAAUGUAAAAACGUAUGUAAAAAGUAGAAUGAAGUCUAGUUUUAAAAAAUUGGCUACUAAAAACUUAAGCUUAUACUGGCUGUAAUUUUUUAAUUGUUUCCAUUUGGUUUUCGCCAGCACAGAUACCAGGCUCCUUUAACAGUCCUCCUACAUUAGUUAGUUUAUGCUGUGGCUAUAUGGCCGGUAACCGAUCAAGGUUUUUAAAACACUAUAAAAUGACUGGUAGUCCGGUAUUUUCAAUAAAUUUGACUUAUCUAAGAAUCCCAACCAAUCUAAACUAUCAUAUGUUGAUUAACAAAAGUCCAGCGAUCCGCAAAUGCUUUAUAGAUCUCAAGUCUAGCGUUUGGUUUACGCUGGGCUCAGAAAACGAAACCAUGUUUUGGGACACUUAAAACUUUUUUCAGGUCCAAUGACAGGCAGUGCUAUAUUCUCAAUAUGAAUAAAUUUGAUAAAUCGAAAAAAUCUAUCUAAUCUAAACUAUCAUAUGUUGAUUAAGAAAAGUCAAGCAAUCCUGAAAUGCUUUAUAGAUCUCAAUUUUAGCAUUUGGUUUACGUGGGGCUCAGAAAACGAAACCAUGUAUUGUGACACUUAGAACUUUUUCCAGCUUCCUCUUUCGGCUUUCCUCUUUCCUCUUUCCUCUUUCCCCUUUCCCAACUUACAGGUAUCUAGGAAAGAUCAAAGCGACUCUGCUGGCAGAGUAGACUGCCAGUCAUUUGGUGUUUUAACAAUCUUGACCGGCAGUUGACCAGAAAAAAAAGUCCUAAGUGUCACAAAACAUGGUUUUGUUUUCUGAGCCCAGCGUAAACCAAAUGCUAGACGUGAGAUCUAUAAAACAGUUGGACUGGUUGGGAUUCUUAGAUAAGUCAAAUUUAUUGAAAAUACUGGACUGCCGGUAAUUUAGUGUUUUGAAAACCUUGACCAGUUACCGGCCAUAUAGCCACAGUGAAAUAUUUCACAAAUAUUCAACUCAGUUUUGGCAUGAUAUCAUACACGAUCUGAUGAUUCUUCAUAAUAAUCCAAAUUCAUUGUUUUGCAGUCGUUCUUUUAAAAUAUUUCUAAGUUCUUAACAUCCUUACCUCCACGUAGUUUCUCGGCAGAUGUAUUUUUUUGCAGAUAUUCUACAGAAAGUGUUGACAUUCAUAGAGUAAUAUUUUUGCAUUAUUCUUGCAAUCAGUUUAAGUCAGCGCUGCUGCUAUUUUAUCUUCAAAUCUCUCUGAACUCAUUUGCCAUUUUCUGGAGUUCUGCUCUCAUGCCUAAAAUGCUGAGCUGCCAUACAUGUAUUUAUUACAUGUACAUGCACUGUGACUGGUCAGGUUUACGGUAUGUUAUGGUUUCUUGUUUUUCCCUUUGAUCGUUGACCCAUGUGCUUCCAUCUUGGGCCAUAAAAUUAUAUCAAGAGAAAAAACCGUGGUCCGUAACUUACCUUAUACAUUAUACAAAUUUUGUCUAGUAUGGACCUAGAAAAUGAGGUUAGUUAGAAGUAUGUAUGAACCUAAAAAUCUCUGGCCUUAAAAGUGAUAGUUAAAAAACACAAAAAAAGAAAUAGACAAAUCACAUCAAUGAAAGUUCCGAAUUUACCUUAUGAAAUGUUGUUUGUUUCACGACCAAGGCUGCAAGUAUUUUUAUAUUUUUAUAAGCAGGUCAUAUAUCAGGUCAGAGACUAGACCUGACCUGACAAGGAAACAGUCUCGUCAGACAAAAAAAAAUUAAAGGAAAGAAAAACCAAGUAAAAGAGUAAAAUUAAGAAUUCUACAAAGCAACUUAUUUCAUUGCUUUAACUGCACAAUAUCAGUCCCAAUCAGGAGCUAUAACGGUUUUAUUACUGAUCUUUUAAUAGACUCACCUGAGAAGAUUCUUCUGAUGAAAGUUCCAAAGUCGAAUAUUGUAGGUUGCACUGUAACUGUAAAAAAUCCAUUAUUGCCAUCGAACUUGAACUCAAAUGCAAACAACCAAGUGGAUGAUCAGGCAAAGCGCAUACAUCAACUCACGUGCUGCCACAGAAACAAUAAUUUAUUAAUGUUUCAUCUCACACUCUCUGUUAACACAAAUGCAACAAACAGCUGAAAUCAGAUAUGCCAGGAAAGUAUCUGUCACAAAUAUCCAAAACAAUGCAAAAACUCACUCACUUGCUUUAGUUUGUAUAAUAUGUCCUUGGCAAACUAUAAAAUGGUCCUAAUUUUGGCUUGUUGACUUGACUUUUUGGGUUGUCUGUUUUUUAAUAAUGAAACUGUAAACUUGGAACAGAAGUGAACAGUGAUGAUAUUUUGAUCAAAGUGUGACUAGAUGCCACCUUGUUUUUUUUACAAAAUUAUUGUCUGUUUUGUAAUAUAUAAUUGAAACAUGAUUAUUAACGCCUCCAGAACAUACUGAACUGCUUUGUACAUUAAAAUAUCAUUUGGCAACUUUUAUAACUUUUCCAUGUAGAAUAUCUGUACGAUUAGGCUUCUUAUAAUGCACAUAUGUAAGUGGGACUUAUUCACGGAUCCUACUUCUGUUUUUAUUGCUCUUAAUCAGUCUUAGUUGGUCAAAGGAAUAAAAUGAAGUAACAUAAAAAAAAGACUAUUGAACCUGAGUCAGGUUUUGUUUGAUGUAGUGCAUUAAUUUGGAGUCCUUUGGAAAUGUGACUGUGCAGAAACCAAAGCAAAAGAAUCUGCAGUUUACAUUUGUGGCCGUGACAUUUGAAAAUAAGUGAUAAGCAUUUAGAAUUCUGUACCAAUACAAUCAACUGAAACUUUAACAUUUGCCUAAGUACACCAGCAGGGUCAGAACAACUUAUUGCAUUAAGAUGAUUGAAUUUUUAUAGUAUCUGAACAACUACUUUCUCCAAGUGGAUGGAGCUAGAGAAAGAGGCCAAGCCUUAAAUGCAUUCAUUUACAUGUAUUGCAAAACUGGCAGGGUGUAUAUGUUAUUAUUUUUAGAAGCCCUGAGGUGGUAUUAAUUUUGCCGGGUAGCUUGUAAGACCCUAGAGGAGUUACCAAAUCUUUAAUAUCAGGGCUGUGCUGUAGCAGAGCCCACUGUGGCCCAUAGUGCCCAACUUUUGCUCUUGGGCGACUAGAAAAUCGUAGUUUUUUUCAUACAGAUCAUAUGCUGGGCACCCUAGAUUUUACAGGUUCAGAGCUCUGGGCUCCCUUUAAUUUUCCAUAGAGCACAGCCUUGAAUAUUACUCACUGGUAGGGGUUGUAUUAGAGUUAACUCACAAUAUUAAGACGUGUUAUUAUUUAGCUACAGUUGUAGAUUCUCUGUGCAACUCAAAAAUGUCCAUUAUGAGAUGUCAGUUGAUCACAUACAGCUGUAUGUACAUUCAAGACCAAAAAGCUGCAUUCUUAACUUCAAAGAUUUAAUUCUCCAUCUAAAGUGGCCAAAAAAGUAGGAUUUAACUAUAGAUUUAUCUAGAGCUCAUUUUGCUAGCCUGCAAUUGUGUGCCCAGGGAGGGUUCAUAAUUUAUGUACUGGCACAAAGACAAUCUUGUGAUCCACCUCCCUCAGCCGUUGGGUGCUCUCAAUCCACUUCUAGUGCUACACCUUUUCCUCUAGACUGGAACUGGACAGGUGCAAGUUCACUGUCACUCAUGAAUAUUUGCUCUGCAUGUUCAAAAACAAAUUUUAUAGGCCCAAUCGGGUGCAGAUAAAACGUUUGUGGUUUCUAAAUAGCUUGUGCAAUGAAAUGUGAAAAAAUGUAUUAAGGUGAUCCAAACCUAUUAAUAAGCGUGUUGGUUAUGUUUUUUAAUUGCAUUUUUCAGCCGGAAAGAUUUAACAGAUUUCUAUGAAUUUUGGCAUCCUUAAUAAGGAAUGUUGGAACUUUAAGAAUUUUUUUUUUAUUUUCUUGUAAGUAUAAAAACGUUUGAGAUAGUUAUUGUUAGUAUAUACUUUUUUACUAAAUGAAACUGCCUUUUCACCAAAAAAAAGGUUGAUAACUUUGAUAUCCUACUACAGGUUUUUCUGUAACUUCAGCAAAUAAGUGUGAGAGCUCUCUAGUUUUAUAUCUGAAGGUUUGAAAUCAAUCUUGACCAUGCAACUCGCAGCACAAAAUGCUGGUAAAAGCUGACUCAAAUACAGUGUUCACGCUGAAUUUUAGCUCAGCAGGUAAGGGACCAUUCCUGGCCGGCAAGGCAAAAAAUAUACGCCAGAGGUGCAAUUUCCUAGGGGAGGGGGAAGUGGGGUGAAGGACAUGGCCCUACCUUUCUUAAACUAAUCUGCUGUUGUAAGCUAUCGGCCUUCCGAUCUGAGGUUAAAAACUUACAACUAAUUUUACAAUUUACUUUUUAAAGAGCCACAAUUUAUUAUUCUGGACCCAGUUGUUCGAAUGCUGGUUAGCGCUUAACCCAGGGUUGAAUUUAACCCGUGUUUCUUUUUCGUUUGUUCAAAAGCAUUUUCUCAAAUAAUUUUCUCUGUUAUUUUUAAGAGCAUCCAAUCAUCAACUUGUUGACAAAAAGAAUUGAACUGAAUUUAUUUUUUAAGCUUUCAUAUCUGAAUUCAGAUUUCACUUAACCUUGGAUUAUCUUUACCCAGCUUUAAAUAACCUGGUCCUGGGCUUAAAUAUCUCCUGUGAAAUGAAGUCAGCAGUAUACCUUUUCCCUACAAAUUUAUAGUUUAGAUCUUUAGACAACUAAUUAAAACGUGUAAUUUUAAUAAUUUUAUCUUGUUUUUAAUGUCCUCUUACCAUGAUGCGUGACCCAUAUAAGAAAGAAGUUCACAACUUGCAAAACAACUUGUAUAAUUUUAGUAAACUUUUAAGUGGUUGCAGGUGGUAAGAAGUGUACUUGCUUCAAGUGGUAAAUUUUACUGGUUACCGCCUGAUAAGGAGAACACUGCAAAUAGUGGAAGAGUGCCCACAGACUGUCUCCUGUCCGAAAGGGUAAACUGAGUAAUCACUGACCUACAGAGAGUACAGUUUGCCCUACAAGAAGAAUAGUUUUAUGCUGACUGUGGGGUGAGAUUAAAGAACUGUGGUUUAUCCAAGUUAAUGCUAACAUGUAUUUUAUUUGUCUUUUUCUUUUUAGAAAAAUCUCAACAAAGCACAAUAUAUUGCUUGAUCUAAAGAAAUCUCCCAUCAGUUUUUAGCACCGAAGGUUCCAGUUUUGAGGAGAAUUAAAGCCACAAACUUCAGUACUUUUAACCAUCCAUUUUUCAGCUCUAAUGAAAACCCUCGUACUUGGUAAUUUAUUCAAGCUUAGAAGAUUUGCCAUUGGGGAUAAUCAGGGGCACCCAACGAGAAUAUAGUUCAAAACCACUUAAACACAGAAUUGUUUAACAUAUUUUAGUAUUUAAAUGGUAGAUAUAGGCAUAUUUUUAUCCCCUAAAAUUUUUCAUCUGUUCGGAUUUCCUACCUUAAAGUCUAGUGAUCCGGAAAUUAUAGGGAUCAAAACUUACCUUUUCGAAAAUUUCAGCCAGAAAAAAGGCUGCCGAAAAUUCUAGGUGACCUUUUAAGGGUAAAAAAUCCGUUAAAAAUGGGCAAUUAUCUGAUUAUACCAUUUUUAGAUGUUCGAAAAUCCUAGGAGAGGCAGGCAAACAAGAAAUUUUACAACAAAUGUUCCAAAAAUUCUAGAUCUCAAAUCAUCUUCCGAACAGAUAUUUUCUGAAAAUUGUCGUUGGGUGCCCCUGGAUAAUGAUAAGAAUAAGAUAAUUUGCCAUUUUUGUCUUCUUUUUUAUCCCCAAGUGGCAAACUUCCUGUGCAAAUGUACAUGUAAUGUCAAAUCUAAAAAACCUUGAAUAAAGUACCAGAAACAAGGGUGUUCAUUGCAGCUGGAAAAGGGAUGGUUAGAAGGACUGGAGUUAAUGGCUUUAUUUCUCAAAACAGGAAUCUGCAUUUUCUGUGGACUGGGUUUGUUUGGAAAAGAGAGGGACAAAUACAAACUCAGUUUGAAGAAUAGGAAUUUUUUCAUCUCACUUCGCUUUCGGCAUAAAGGUGUUCUUCCUGUAGUGCUAAUAAAUAUUGUCUCUGUCGUAGGUUUCUGAUUACAUAGUUUCUAGCAAGAAAGCUUUGGGUAAGAAAAUACCCUUUCAGAUCAGAGAUAGUCCUUCCUUUGGCACUCUUCCCCUAUUUGUGUGUCAACUUUCACAAAUGAGUAAGUGUAGCAUUUUAAGGUUUAAUUUCACCAGCAUUUUGUGCAGCGAGUUGCAUGGUCAAGAUUGAUUACAAAGCUUCAGGUAUAAAACUAGAGAGCUCUCAGGCUUAUUUGGUGAAGUUACAGAAAAACCUGUAGUAGGAUACUGAAGUUAUUUACCAUUUUUUGUGAAAAGGUGGUUUAUCUCAAAUGUUUUUAUACUUUCCCCCCUCCCCAGGCCACCAUUUAGCUUUCUUCACUCUCCAAUAUUUUUCCCAUUUGACCCCAUUUUUUGCCUCUUCCCCCCACUGGGGAGCCUGGUCCAAGGCUAUAUUUCCUUGUUUAAAAACAGUUUUUACUAUGACAGAAAAAUAUUUUUCUGAUAUGUGUACCUGGUAAAUUAACAACAGUAGAAGAGCGUGGGGAAUGGUGCCUGAAGAAGGUGGAGCCACUAGACAAGCAGAGCUAAAUGCAUAGGGUAUCCAUGACAACCGUGUGUGCAGCAACCACCCAACCCUUCCCUCCAAGGUGCUUGGAGGGCGAAGGGCCCGCAAACAGGGUGGGAGGGGGACCCAAGACCCCCAAACCUUCCAAGCACAUGCUAAUUUUAAUCAAAAUAUCCCGCAAUUGAAAGGUUAUAACUUUGAGUACAUCCCGACACCACUGGCAUCUGGAGGCGUUGGUGUGUAUAUUAGUGACACUCGAAUGAAUGUUGCUAGAAAAUAUUUCGAGUGAAGCAUUCCAGGCAUUGUGGAUUGAAAUUAUUCUUGGUUGCAAGAAGAAUAUUGUUUGUGGGCUUUUUUAUAGACUAGACAAUUCUCCGGAAUCUUUUCAAAUAUAUACUUUGAUGAAGGUGUCGAAAAAUCUUUUCUUCGUGACAGGCUCGUCUACAUAAUGGGGGAUUUCAACAUUGACCUGCUCAAGUCGCAGUUAUCUUCCAUUAGCCAAAGAUUCUUAAUGUCCACUCAAAGCUUUCAUCUUAUUCCAACUAUUGACAAACCCACUCGUGUACAUAAUACAUCGGCCACUCUUAUUGAUAAUAUCUUUACAAAUGACCUUGAAAAAUAAAUUCUUUGUAGGUGGUAACAUAGUCUCUGAUCUAACAAACCAUUUUUCUCAGUUUUGUAUUUCACUUCACCCGACCAGUCGCAUUUUAUCUGUUUCACCUAAAGUACAGGACUAUUCUAAUUUUUCACCUAAAAAUUUUAAUAAUGACCUCACUCAAAUCAGUUGGGACAAUUACUGUAGAUACUCAUCAACACAUAGAUAAAAUGUCCUCGACACUUUUACAGUAACUUUUACUGACUGGUCAAUAAACAUGCACCCUAGCUACAAUGUAAAGUGAAUGUAAAUUAAAGUGAACAGCUGCAGACAGUAAAAAAUGGAGAAGCUGCAUAACACAUGGGACUUAAGACAUCCUGGACAUAAAAAAAAGCAUCACAUGCAAGGACAGUACAUUGGAAAUGCAAAAGAAAGUGGCCAACAUAAUUUUACUAAGUAGAAGUAGCCUUCUUUAAGAAAAGCAAAACUUAAUGAAUUAUACAACUUGUUAGGGUAAAGAACAACUUGCCCUAGAAUACAUUGAACCUCCUUUUUAUUAUACAAUCAGGUUGUUGUCAUUGUGUGUGUGUGUGUGUUUUUUUUUUCUUUUUUUGUCAAUAUCCUUUGAGAAGGUGACAAUAAAUGUUCAAGACAAUAAUAUUUCUUUCUGUUCCUAGGAUUCAUACGGCUUAGGGUUUCUGAGAAUAUAAUGAAGUCAUGGCAGCGAGACAGUUGUGCUGAUGCAUAUGGACGGUUAUAUGCAUCAAGGGUCAAAGCUGUUUUUGCAAGGCUUGUCAGAGAUGCAAUUAGCUGUAUGGGUCAGGACAGGUAAGCCAGAAUGUAUCAGUGUGGACAUUAAUACCCUUGUGAAUUUAUCAUUUAUUGUUUUUUUUUCUGUGGCCUGUAAUUUACAAUGUGUGUAACUUCAGUUAUACAGUGGAAUGUUGGUAUACCAAACCUCUAUAGAAUUAAAACCUUGGUAUAACGAAUGAUAUUCUUUGCCCCAGUUAUAGCAAAAUAUAUUGAAAAGAACCUUGAUUGCGAGUCCCUCAGCCCUCUGUGAUAUCAAGGUUCUUCUGUACUGAGGUGCUGGAUGUGAAAGCCAUGCAAACUAUUAAAUGCAGGGCUCGAUGUUGCGACCUGUGGGGUCGCCAAUGCGACCAGCUUUUUCUCAGUGGCGACUAGAUUUUCACGCCUGGUCGCCAACCUGGCCCCCGAGAUAGGUGACUUUCUUCUUUGGGAAAACGUACACUAAUGAUAAUUUGUUAUCCUUUUCAAAACCAACGGAUAGCUAACGGUUUUGCUAACGCUCUAACGUUUUGCCCAAACGCUCUAACGGUUUGUCUAAACGUUGUAACGAUUUGUCUAAACGCUUUAACGAUUUCUUCCAACACACGAACGGAUUGUUCUUAUGAUCUAACAGUUGGUCAGUCUAACGUUUGACUUUUACUUGAAAGAGGAUUGUGAAAAUCACAAGUGAUGAAUUCGAUGGAAGUCUUAUCGACUUUCGGGCAGAUCGAUCACAAUUCUCAACAGGUCGUCCGGUGUUUCUCCGGGAAUGACUUUUAGCGCAUCGAUUUAGAACAAUUUUUUAAUGUCGAACAUGUAUCUCGAUUGUGGACUUGAUAGCAGAUUAGUCUGAUAAAAGCUUAAGCUAAUUGAGAACGAACGGCUCUUAUUUCUCGAGCUUCUUGUAAACAACUUUAUUGAAUUUCUGUUGAGCGUGACGACCCAAAUAAAAGCUCUGCCGCAUUUUAUUGACUUCUAAUGAAGUACCGUUGAACUCAUGGUGUUUGUCUAACAGAUUUCUCGCAAAAUCAACUUCUUUGCCCGAUGCAUUAGCGACGUUUCCUCUUUCUGGACACUUUUGAUCACGUGCUAGGCAACCGCGAAAUAGAUCAAGUUUCACGGAUGUUCAUUUCUGAACAUAAAAAUACAUGGCACGGAAAACAAACUUUGCAGAUUUUGUUCUUUAAUAACCCAAAUAAGUUUUGCUGUGAUUCCUAAAGUUUGUGUAUCUAAAUGUGUAUUGCAUUGCUUGAAUACCUGUUUGAGUAGAUUUACGCUUGAGUGUGGGUUCAUGUUCCCGAACACCAGCUGGUAUACAAGCCUUGAGCGAAAACCGUUCGAAAGAAAGUUCAAAGGAAGUCUAAAGAAUUCUUUAUCUAUCAAGGCUAAGUAAAAGUUGUAAUAAGUUUAUUGUAUUCCACCACGAGUAAUCGGAGCUUAAAAGAGUGCGAGCGAUAUGUUUGUAAGGCGUACAGGUAACAGUUAAGGAAGAAGGGUGGAUGGUUAUUGCGAUAGAUUAAGCCUGGUUUCGAUAUGAUCGCCACGGUCGCUGAGAAAAAAAAGUUCAGCGAUCGUAUGGGAACCACUCUCCAGCGAUCCCAGCGACAACGGUCGCUGAGAUAGAACUUUUUAUAUCUCAGCGAUUGUUGUCGAUGCGAUCGCUGGAGAGUGGUUUUAUAUGAUCGCUAUGAUCUCAGCGAUCGCAGCGAUCGCAGCGAUCUCAGCGAUGGUAGCGAUCAUAUGGAAACCGGGCUCUAAUUUGAUCAUGGCGUAUUAUAAACGAAAGGAUUGCUUACAGGGAAAGCUCUAUUUCAAAUGUGUAUCAUUACGAAAAAGCCUUGAAGGCUAGUGAUAUCGUAUGGUCCGUCUCAAUAAGUGCAGUAGUAUGGUCGAGUGUGUUGAUCUCAGUGACUUGAGUGGAGCUACUGUGGGCUGUUAAAUAACAUAGACCUAAAAUGUUCGUUUGUCCGGUGCCGAAAAUAUCACAAGUCAUGAUAAAACGGCGCCGCCGAGCUUCACAUCUCGGCAGAUUUAUUUGGGGCAUAACGGCCGCCGAAACGCUUGAAAGAUGAAGGUUUUAAAAGAUUCAGCAAACACAGAUCGAUAGUAGACCUUCAGCAAACUCUUGUAAUAUGUACGCUUUACAAAGAUCCAGCAAACUUUUAAAACAUGAAUGCUUUACGAAGACAUAAUAAAAGACCUCAGCAAACGCUUGAGGACCCACGAAUCACCACGUGAGUUAGUUCGUCAAAGUGAGGCAAAACGUAAUCAAGCGCCUCAAAGCGAGGAAAAUGUGUGUCGCGACCACGACAAAUGCAAUCUCGAAAAACCUCCCUUAUUUAUUGCACAGGGAACCCAAUAAUGCACAGAACACCCGACACAAAUUAGGGGUUGCGUUCUCGUACCUCGAACGCAAUUAGUUCUUAAAUAUGAUUUUUGGCGACUAGAAUACUUGUUCUGGCGACCAAAAAAGAAAACUUGGGGGCCACCUGGCCCCAAGAUUUUUUUCUGAAAGUCGAGCACUGAAUGGCUAUGAAGAUAGAUCAUUCAAUACUAAAGAUGAUUCAGGGUAUCAAGCGAUCAAAAAAAACAGUCUUGUGUUUGAAUAAGAGGAAGAUCACAGAAUAUGUGAACAAUGCUCUCAAUAACAUGCGCCCAUGAAGUGUUUCGUUCCCCCUGCAGGGGCGUAGUUACAUGCACUAAUCAUAAAAACGCAGCAACAAAAAAUACAAAAAAAAAUAAAAACAGAAACCAAAACGGUGAAAACGCAUUUUGCUGUAAAAAGAGGGAUUUUUUGGUAACUCAAACUCAACUCUUACUUAAAUCAAGCUCGUAACUCAGUUAAUAGCCGAUCCCAAGCAAGCGUACGAGAGCCCAUGUUAUUUUCAUAAAUCACCUUUUUAUUGCUGCGGAGCGACCGUAGGGAGCGAGCUGCAACAUAAUCAGGAUUUAAGGGAAAUAUAUAAGCGGUGACGAAUUCUCGAAUUCAUCGCUUUUUACCACAAUGCAUUGCAUUUAACCACACUUUUUACCACAAUGCAUUGCGCCACGAACAACUCAAAUAAAAACACGGGGAAGUUCGCAUCGUUCGCAGCCCAGACUCAGAGUUUUCUUUGUAGCAAAUUUUCUACAGCACGGUUAGAGGUCUUACCAAAUUUAAGACACGCAGGAGUCUUUCAGAUGAGUACGAUGGUUAACUUGGGGAUUGGAUUUCAAUUCAAGAGCCUUUGACUUGUCCAGGUGUUAAACCUGACGAGAAGAUGAGUAUUUGCUCUUCGACUCCGCAACACGGGGGAUAUACAAAUUCCAGCUUGGUAGAAGGUGAUGUGAAAGUGAGAAAACGUCAUGCCAUGCUAUUCUUAAGAACCUGUAUGAGCCGAAAAUGGAUGUGAUUUUGACCAUUCGCUUCAAAAUAACAGCGGAAAACGAGAUAACAAAACAUAUGUUUUGUGUCCUGAGUUGCAGACGAGGACGUGUAUCGGCGUUUUGAAAAGCAUAAUUAUGUUCUUUCAUUCAUUCAUUGCCAUGGAAUAAUGCGUUUACAUUGUUUUUUUGCUGUUAACAGCUCGAUUAAUGCGGCUGGCAAUCAUCUUGCCGGCGGAAGUUUCACGGAAAAGGAAUUAAAUUAAAGACUUUUCCCACAAAUACGUAAUUAGUCUCUGUGGUGUAGUCGCGUCGAGCCAAUGGUGCUGGGUUUGAGUCCUACCGAACUCUUUUUUUCCUUCUUUCUUUUUUUUCUGUUUUUAGUAUUGUUGUUUUCUAUAAAUAUAUAGCUAAAUAACUGUUACUUAAUAAAGUGCAAUAAACAGCGAGAAAAGUAUCAUGUUUCCAGAGAAAAGAUAGUACACCCUAUAUUAAAUAUAUGGAUAAACAAUCUAAAUUUCUAUCAUUUCCUACAAUUUACUGUGGGAAAACCGGAGUUGAUAACCACUUGAUCAUUUUUUAAACAACGUUCCCAUGAGUUCUUUAUAUAGGCUGAUAGUAAUUUUUCUAGUACUUUCCAACAUGUAAAUAGGACAUUCAAUGUCAUUUUCGAUUCUUUUAAGUCCCACUGCCUUACUAAUGCCAGUAUCAACAGAAUGUGCCGCAGCAUCACUAUCUUUUAGAUACCUUGUUUUAUUAAGUGGGCUAAACUAAAUGCAUAUGCCAAUGAUCACCAGAUUUAAGGGAUGCAGUGGUACUGGGAGAAUGCUUAUGUAAGGAAGUAGAAACAGCAAAUCAAUGGUAUAAUAGAAAUGAGAUGAUUGUCAACCAAAGUAAACAUCCGGCCUUUCCUGUUAAAGACUCAAUCGACAUUUUUGGCUUGACUUUGACUGCUAACUUCAAUUAUUUGAUAAACCCACAUCUUCUGCCUGCAGAAAGGUUAAUUAAUAAUCAAUUUAAUAUCAUGUUGUGAUUUAGAAAACUGAUUACCAAAGCGACAUUGGCAAAACUGUACAAGGCUUUCAUCCAGCUGCAUUUUCAAUAUUUAUUGCUCAUCAGUAUGGCAUUUCUGUGGAGUGCAAAAUGUGGGAAAACUAGAAAACCUUAAUCAAAGGAUUCUUAGAUUUAUAUUAGACGACUUUGAAUCUGCUUAUAACAUUUUAUUGGAUGAACUGAGUCAACUGUGUUUCUCAGUCUGUACAACAGACGUAUUCACAAUAUGCUAAUUUUACUCUACAAGAGUUUGUUUCUAACUGUUAAAGUAUGCUACAUGUAUCUACGUCAAGAAUAUGAUCAAUCUAUGUAUUUGGAACAUCUUAUAAUUUAUGUGGCAACUAUAUUCUGACACCCCCUGUACUUAAACUACAUGUACUACUCAUGGCCCUCGUUCUUUUCCUUAUCAUGCCACUAAACAAUGGAACUUACGACCAGACUCAAUGCAAACCAGUGAUUUUACUAACUUUAAGAAACAAUUAGCUAGCCAAGACAGUAAAUAAGUUAAAGUAUAUCAAUCGUAUAAAGUGUUAUUUUCAAUUAACUUUCCGUAAGAUUUUUGGGUAUUGUUCAUUGUUUAUUUAGUUUUUAGCCUGCAUGCGGGCUAUUGAUUUUUUAAUUACGCCCCCCGUCAAGGUGUCAAGAUACUAUCCAAUAGGAGCAAAGCACAUGUAAACAAACUGACAGGAAGUUGCACAUGCACAGGAUUCGCACAGUCUUGUAAAGUCCUUGAAUUUUAGGGGAAGUCCUUAUCCAUUUUUCCUUGAAAAGCCCUCAAAUUUCUCUGCAAGUCUUUGAAAAGUCCUUGAAUUUUCUUCAACUUUGAAUGUAGUGGCCUGGAAAGAAUUUUUUGAUGCUAUUUCUUUGUCCAAGACAGAAUAAUUAUAAAUCACAGCUCAGGUUUAUUUGACAAAGCUAUGGAGAAUCUGUUGAGAGAUUAAUUCAAAACUACCGACACUUUUUGUAAAAAUUAGGUGUUAGAAAAUAUGCUGAUAUCUUAAACGUUUUUAUACCCACAAGAGAAUCAAAAAAACUUUUCUUAAAGUUCCAUCAUUCUUCAUUUAGGAAACCAAAAAUUGUAAAUUAAAUGUAAUGCUGUUUAUUUUCAUCUCAAGAUUCGUUACUGUAAAGUCACAUGGACCUGCUGUAACCUUGCAAAUAACGAACAGAUACAAUGGAACAGGAUACACCAUAGACUUGACGUUAGCUUUCAAAUGUAUUGACUGGCCAAGGGAAGCUCAUGAAUGGAGAAUGAGGUGUCGCAGUGGUAAGUCUGUCACUUUUUUGUUGUUUCAACGGGAAGACGUAAUUUAUUUCUUAAACUAGAAAUACGUGUAUCGCAGAAGCUUGGCGGGAGGCCCAUAAAAUGUCAGGGAUGGAAGGGGGGUGAAUUGGAGUAAAUUGUGUAGCUUGGGGGGGUGGGUUUCAACACUGGCUCUGAUACUUUAAGGUGAGAUACAGUUAAUCUCCUUUUGGUUGGAGUAAAUAUAUUUGAUUAUAUUUGAACCCAGUGCUCUGUCAUUAAAAAGGAAUUUCUGGGGUUUAAAUGGAGUUUGUGUUGUUAAGGAAGGGUAGCCAAUGUUUCAUAGGUCUUGUAUUCACCCUAUUAGAUCCUCCUACAUGUGUGAUUAUAGUCGAAGGAGAUAUGUGUGAAGGUUAAUAACUGCAGGCAAAUAUGCAGCUAACCCAUGCCAUCUUUAGUAAUAAGUGUAAAAAUUAUUCCUUGUGAAGUGUGUCAGUAGUAGUGAGUGGAUGAAAUGGUAGGAGAUAAUGCUGCUGUGAAAAUAAAUUGGAGAAAAAAAUAUUUAUUGAUAAGUGAACUACAGCAAUGAGAGUGUUUGCAGUUGUUGUAGUACAUAAUCACACUUGACAACUAAUUGUUUGUAACAGCAAGGUGCAGACAGUCACUUACACUAAAAAAGAAAUUCAAUGUCAUUAGGGAUGCAGUUGAGGAGAAUAAUGAAAGCGAUCGUGACUCAUGAUUAUUGAAUAUACAGUACCCUCAUUAGCACUGAAUUAUCCCUGUAAAAAGUACCAAGUCAUUUAUGAAAGUGUUCAUAGUUAUUUGUGCAUGAGAAACAAAUACCCAUGCAAUAGUGAAUUUGUAUGAAAUGUCCACGUACAAGUCAUGUUGAAGGUGUUCACUUUCUCAGUUCUCAAUAUGCAUGAGCUUUUUGAGACAUGGUUGCCAGAGGCAUAGUUUUCAAAUUCCUAGACUGACGAGUCAAAUGUACACUUUCCUUGACCAAAUGAGUUGACAAUUUGUCCAGGGAAUCUUUUAGCCUGAAUUUCAGACGUCCCUUCGAGUCGAAGGGACGUCUGAAAUGCCCACUAAAAAAUCUUUAUUUAACGUUGCAUUUCCCGUGAUACUUACCGGCGAGGACUGAAUGUAAUCAACCCGAGCCGUUUUUGUUCAAAAUGAAGGAUUUUAGACAUGAUUCUGUGUGUGUAAUAGUUCCCACAUUUGUCAAUUUCUAUUUGUUCAUCAGUAGCUACUCGUGGAUAUGUUUUCUUAGCUGUACUACCUGACUUAUGCCAAGAAACAACCGUGAUGGACUUCCGUUAUCAAUUGUGAAAAUCAUGACAGUACAUCGUAAUACAUUCAAUACAUGGUAAUAUAUGGCAAUACAUGGAAAGAUAUGGUAAUACAUGGCUAUACAUAGCAGUACAUGGUAAUACACGGCAGUCCACGGCAAUACAAAGUAAUACAUGGCAAUACAUGGAUAUACAUGGCAAUACAUGGCUAUACAUGGCAAUACAUGGGUAUACAUUGCAAUACAUGGCUAUACAUGGCAAUACAUGGCUAUACACAGCAGUAAAUGUCAAUAGGUGGCAAUAGAUGGUAAUACAUAGCAAUACAUGGCUAUACAUGGCAAUACAUGGUAAUACGUAGUAAUACAUGGCAAUACAUGAAAAUACAUGCUAAUACAUGGCUAUUCAUGGCAGUACAUGGCUAUACAUGGCAGUACAUGGCAAUACAUGAAAAUACAUGCUAAUACAUGGCUAUUCAUGGCAGUACAUGGCUAUACAUGGCAGUACAUGGCUAUACAUGGCAAUACAUGGUAAUACAUGGCUAUACAUGGCCGUACAUGAUAAUACAUGGCAAUACAUGGUAAUAUAUAGUAAUACAUGGCUAUACAUGGCAGUACAUGGUAAUACAAGGCAAUACAUGGUAAUACAUACUAAUAUAUGGCUAUACAUGGUCAUACAUAGAGAAUACUUCAUGGAAAGUGCUGGCGUACGGUAUUUACGCACGAGUUGUUGACGUAUCAGAAAUCGAACGAGUGAGCGCAGCGAACGAGUAAGAUUUCUGAUACAAAAACGUGUGUGUAAAUACCGUACAAAGCACUUUCCAUAUCGUAUUGUGUUUAUUAUAUACAUACUGAGACAUUCACCAUUUUGGCGGCCUUUUUAUUUUAAAUCUUUCAAAAAUGCUAAAAUUUGUCGCUACACACUUAUUGCAAAAUGACAACGAAAACGAAGUAUCAGCUUUUAGUAAAAAUGUUUGUUAAAAACAUAAAUGACGGUAAGGAUAUGAGGUAAUCCAAGAACUGUAAGUAAUCUUAACUGUUUGUUUUCCAUGCACAAUUGAAAAUGAGUGAAUUUAAGUAAAGUGGCCGGUUUCAAUAUAAGCUUAAGCUUAAAUGAAAGGCAAUGUAGCUCCGACAACAAGCACAACAAAAGCUUACAUCUCGUUCUGUUUAUCCCUUUCCGCUGUUGUCUCGCCGGCUCUCUACCGUUUUCUUUAUCGACAGUGAAAUAAACGAAACUAUUCCACUCCAUUUCCGAAAUGUUUUUCACUUUUUUAGCGAGAAAAACUCUUUAAGUAAAACUUUCAUCGAUGGACGUUUGGACGUGUGCGAAGCGGCGCUGCAAGCUGCAAUAAAAGGCGGGAAUUUUGGCGCGAAACUCGCACACCUCUGUAGCCUCUGAUUGGACCUAUCAUUUUUCUCACACGUGAAAAAACAUCGUUGGCGAUUCUGAUUGGACGUAUCAUUUUUUUCACGUGUGAAAACCAUCGUUCGCUCCUCUGAUUGGCUAGAACUAAUUUGCGUACGAAAAUAGCUUUUUGGGGAGUAUUUGUCAGUAUGUAUAUAAUAAUUAUAAAAUAACUAAGAUAGUACGCGCGCUCUGAUUGCCCGAGAGGAGUGUUUGUAUGAGAGUAUGUAAACAUGGUUGUGGCGUCAAGUUGUUUGGCUUUUCGCGCGCUAAUCACGCAAGCACGAAUUUGAAAAAGUUUUCGAGUUCAAAACUCGACAAGUUUACUUUAUUUACCCAUUCCUUCGUCGGCUGAAACAUGGAAAAUCGUUACAAAGAAGGUGAGUCAAUUUUUCUUUGCUUAAGCCGGCAUUUUGAGCGAGAAAAAUCCGUAUUUUGCAAAGCAUCUUUCUGCAAAACAAGAACUGAUUACGCAUGCAAGACUUCGUGGACAAGAUUUUGCGACUGGUAAGAGUUUCUCUUUUAAUCAGUGCCAUACAUAAAGUUUUGCGUUUUUUCUCGUGAAAGUUAUUUUAUAAAAGCAAUAGAGAACUUUUUCCUGUGUUUGCAUAGCCUGAUAUAAACACUCGAGGCGUUGGGAGAAUUCUCGACGGUUAUGCAAACCCUCGACUUCGUCUCACGUUUGCAGAACUGUCUCGAAUUCUCCCAAUCCCUCUCGUGUUUAUAUCAGGCUAUGCAAACACAGAAAACGUUUUCUAUUGCUUAAAUAGUAAUACAUGGCUAUACAUGGUAAUACAUGGCAACACAUGGUAAUACAUAGUGAUACAUGGCUAUACAUGGCAAUAUAUGGUAAUAUAUAGGAAUGCAUGGCAAUACAUGACAGUACAUGGUAAUACAUAGUAAUACAUGGCAGUACCUGGCUAUACAUGGUAAUACAUGGCAGUACAUGGUAAUACAAAGCAAUGCAUGUCAAUACAUGGUAAUACAUAAUAAUACAUGGCAAUACAUGGGUAUAUAUGGCAGUACAUGGCUAUACACGGCAAUACAUGGUAAUAUAUGGCAAUACAUGGCAAUACAUAGUAAUACAUGGCAAAACAUGGUUAUAUAUGGUAGUACACGGCUAUACACGGCAAUACAUGGUGAUACAUGGAAAUACAUGGUAAUACAUUCUAAUACUUAGUAAUACAUGGCAAUGCAUGGUAAUACAUGGUAAUAUAUGGCGAUACAUGUCAAUACAUGGUAAGAGAUAAUAAUACAUGGCAACACAUGGGUAUACACGGCAAUACAUGGUAAUACAUAGUAAUACAUCGCAAAACAUGGGUAUACAUGGCAGUACAUGGCUAUACACGGCAAUACAGGGUGAUACAUGGCAAUACAUUGUUAUACAUAGUAAUACAUGGUAAUAUAUUGCGAUACAUGGCAGUACAUGGUAAUACAUGGCAGUACAUGGUUAUACUUGGCAAUACAUUGUAAUACAUGGCAAUACAUGGUUAUACAUGGUAGUACAUGGUUAUACAUAAAAGUGGUUUACAAAACAUGUUAAUACACCAUUUUAAAUGCAUUCGUGAUACACUUUAAUAACCCUACUUAAAGUACCUACCUGUAUUCGUGCCCAGGGCGCGAUCGGCGCGAUCACGAUGACCCGUCCUCUCGUCGUUCAGAGACAUGUUUCACAUCAACCUAAUAUUAACUUUAAUUCUUCCUGGACUGUUUUUUGUUAGUAAAUAAUCAAAAGCCGAAUUGAAAUGUGCUUUACCUUUCAAAAAGUUUAAAAAGCAGGGACAGAUCUAGCCUGUGUACAGACCCCCCCCCCCCCCCCCCCCCCCGUUAAAAAGGGGGAAGGGUGGGGGGGGGGGGCUUUACAAAGGGCAAGAGACGGAAAGGGACCCGGCUGGAACCCCAGAACCCCCCCGACCCCGUUGCCGCUUUUCGCUUGAAAAAAAAAAAAACAAAACUAAACAGACACGCGACACGNGCAAUGCAUGGUAAUACAUGGUAAUAUAUGGCGAUACAUGUCAAUACAUGGUAAGAGAUAAUAAUACAUGGCAACACAUGGGUAUACACGGCAAUACAUGGUAAUACAUAGUAAUACAUCGCAAAACAUGGGUAUACAUGGCAGUACAUGGCUAUACACGGCAAUACAGGGUGAUACAUGGCAAUACAUUGUUAUACAUAGUAAUACAUGGUAAUAUAUUGCGAUACAUGGCAGUACAUGGUAAUACAUGGCAGUACAUGGUUAUACUUGGCAAUACAUUGUAAUACAUGGCAAUACAUGGUUAUACAUGGUAGUACAUGGUUAUACAUAAAAGUGGUUUACAAAACAUGUUAAUACACCAUUUUAAAUGCAUUCGUGAUACACUUUAAUAACCCUACUUAAAGUACCUACCUGUAUUCGUGCCCAGGGCGCGAUCGGCGCGAUCACGAUGACCCGUCCUCUCGUCGUUCAGAGACAUGUUUCACAUCAACCUAAUAUUAACUUUAAUUCUUCCUGGACUGUUUUUUGUUAGUAAAUAAUCAAAAGCCGAAUUGAAAUGUGCUUUACCUUUCAAAAAGUUUAAAAAGCAGGGACAGAUCUAGCCUGUGUACAGACCCCCCCCCCCUCUCCUCAGUUAAAAUCGGAGAAGGUAUGGAGGGGGGGUCUGUACACAGGCUAGGAUAGACCCACGACACAUGAGUGAAUAAAAGUUGACAACUGAUACCUAUAAAAAUCUGUCAACGCUGUUAUAAAUCUCGUAUUUCCGCCAGUUAAUGACGAUCAAGAUUAUUUUUUUAAAAUUCUUCGUUUCAUUAAUAUUUAGGUUUUUGUCAAAGGAACUGUUUUUUUCAUCUAAUGAGAUUCAAAAUAUGUAGAUGUAAUCAUUUUUUCUUGAAAAAAAAAUCUUUCAGAAAAUGUCGGUUUGGUAAGAAGAAUCCUCAUUCUUAUCACAAGGAUUCUUGUUCUUCUGUGAUUUCUGAAAUGGUUAAUCUUCUCCCCAGUCAGAAGAUUAAGAUAAAAGUAAUUCCUUUCAGAAGAACUCUCUCAUACAUGACCUGGUAACAACAAUUCUCAUUCUUGAGAUAAGAAUUUUCAAUCUUUUUUUAAGACUUCAUAAAAAAGUGGUUCUUCUCAAGAGAUUCGAAUGUAAUGCGUUCUUUUGAGAAGAAAUCUUUCCUGUUUGAUCUCUUUACAAGAAGUUCAAUUCUUAUCCCAAGAAUCUUGUCAUGAGAAGAUCGUUUCUUGAAAGAAGAAUAACAAAAAUGGGGAAAUAAGAGUGCUUUAUCGGUGUUCUAAUCUUUUACUGUAAAAUAAAGCUUACUGUAAAGCCCAUUGUUGCUUAUAGUGUAAAGGCUGAUCGAGUCCAUUGGAAAGAUGUUCUUGACGUGCAUUGUACAGAUCGUGUAACUCUUGCUGCCUAUCGCUGCAUCGAAGAAGAUAAUUUUGUCUUUAAACUUCGAGCGUUGCAUGAUCUCCUCGUCGCUUUUUGAAGCGUCGGAAGUCGGUGUUCCCUCUCUUCAUCGGUCUCGCUUGCAGUGUAAUUGUAGCAUUUUGUCGCUGCCUCUGUACAUGUUUGCGAUCGCUGUGUUGACAACGUUGCCUUCGCUGUCCUAAGCAAUGUUCCUUAUUCUUCUCGGUGGUCUUCGAUCCGCUCUCGAUGAAUUUUGGUCGGCGUUCUCCAGAGGAGUUUCGGUGGAAAAUCUUCGCCCGCGAGGAUUUCCAGCCACUUGUUGUGCUUGCUGUUCUGUGUCAUUUGCAUGGGGAAUUGCUCGUGAUUCACCGAUUGUAAAACAUUGUUUCACAGACGAUGAAAAGACACCCACAUAACAUGAAAGUGCGCCCUGGUCAUCGGCGGCAAAGUAUGUGUUCCCUGGAAACAGCUCCAUGACGUAACGCUGCAUGAAGUCAUUGGCAGACACCAAUCAAAAAAUAUUUAACAAUUAUUCCUCGAGCCCGAUAGCCUGCGAAAACAACCGUUUCUCCUCGCUCUUCGCCGCUCGUGGACGUUUCGCGAGAAUAAACGUCUGCGACUUAGCCUGCGAACAGCAGACGCAUUUCCGGUCGUCGCUUCUCUCCCUCCGAAAAAUAGCGUCUGCGAACCCGAGCGGCAAAACGAUUUCCGUGACGUAAACCUUUUUAGCCAAUCACGGUUUAGCUCUUAAAAUCAAGGAACUAAUUCGCGAGACUUCUCGCACGAUCGUGCGCGGUGGAUAUGUUUUCAAGUCGAAAUUGAAAGGACUACGUGGCUUGUGUAUAGCCGUCCUUUUUUCUCAGAACGACGCGUUUACGAAAGUUCAUUUGCCAGGAUUGUGGGACUGAUUGACGAAAUAAGUAUCAAGAGGAUUCAUAUCGAAGAAAAGAUUAGAGGACAUUUUUCAUCUAUUUGCCUACGGAGUCAUUGAUUUAUCACACCUUGUUGUUUUGAUCAUAUUCGAAACGAUAAAUGUCCUAAUGAUAGAAGACGCAAAAAUGCCGUUUGUUGCUUCUGUUCCUCUCUGGUUCCUGACAGGAAAGUGUGCCUUGGAGAACUCUUCGAUAGUUUGUCGUGUGCCGCUUUAGAUAUUUUUAGUAGAUAUCCUUUAUCUUUGAAAGGUAGGACAUGUGGUAAUUGAUUUUCCAUGCGUGGUUGCUUCUUGGUUCAGAUAGAACUUUGAUCAGAUCGAAAGCAUUUUAUAUUUGUUCCGUCAUAUUUCUUUAAGUACAUGUUCUUUUCAAGGUUCUCAUUUCCAUAGUUUUUUGUGAGAUGAGUCGAAGCGUCGUAGCUGAAAUGUCAUUUUGACCAUGAUCUAUUUACUGCUGUAACUAUUUAUUUCACGCUGGGUCUGGCCCAGGUUUAUAAUAUUUCAGAUCAUUGUGUUGUGGCGAUACUAGAAUUAUUAACGAGCGAUUGUUAGAGAUUUCUGAAUCAGUCAAGGAUGUGUCUGUAUAAUUGAUUCACCACCUUUUGUCAGCGCUUGUUAAAUUGAAAUAAAUAAGUCUGAGCGCGAUGUCAUUAAGCUAUGUUGCUUUCCUUUCGCUGUAGCGAUUAUUUGGUCCAGGUUUUGUUUAUGUCACGUACUACCGUCUUUUAUAAAGCGAAACCAAAGGCCCACAUCACAUACAUAGCUUAAGAAGCCGUUGCUUCAUAAAGAAGUCACCAUUCAACGUCGCAGGAAACCUUGUUAUGGUCGUGAAAUUCACGUUCCAAAGCGUAUUUGGUAAUUCUCGCCAAAAUCCAAGACACUUCAGCGCGCGAGGUCGCGAGGAGUCACUCGAGCUGUAUUCUAUCCUUUGAUCUGAUUGGCCUACAUCAAAACAAAAGGUUUUACGUCACGGAAAUCGUUUUGCCGCUCGGGUUCGCAGACGCUAUUUUUCGGAGGGAGAGAAGCGACGACCGGAAAUGCGUCUGCUGUUCGCAGGCUAUCUGCGACUCAGCGGCAGAAAUUCCAUACUGAUGACGCAAACCAAUGCUCACAUAAUAAAUCCAAUAGUCAUGGGGUUCCAAAUACAAAUUUGUCCAAUUUUACAUGUCUUAUGGUCGAUUUUGGUAAAGUGUUGUGUUCAUCUGCCAACGAGCUCCAGCAGAACUCAAAUGCUUCUUCAAGAGAAGACUAUAUUCCACAAAUAUUGACUGUUUUGUUAGAGAUUCUUCGCGUUUACAUUUGACCUUUGUGGCCUUUUGUCUUUUGUCUGUCAUUCGUAAACAAUAGCUAAAACAAUGUAACUACACCGUCGACCAAUCAGCGCUUCUGGCCGGAUUCCGAACAGAUUUUACCUCAUCAGUAUGGAAUUUCUGUCGCUGAGUCAGACGUUCCUCCGCGCGAAACUUCCCCAUCGGCGAAGAACGAGGAAAAACGGAUGUUUUCGCAGGCGACGAGCCCGAAUGGGUCGAAUGGGCUCUGAGUCAAUAGCCCAUGAGCCCUAAAGCCGAAUGGGCUAUUGACUCAGAGGCCAUGAGGGCGAGCGGAAUAAUUGUUUUAGUGAAAUCCAACUAGUUGAUAAAAAAUAUCGAGACAAAACAACUUUAGCUUAUUAAAGCUAGACUUUAAUCCUUUUUUUGCCGCCAAAAAGCCGGCGCUUAUCGCUACUAGUGGGCUAAAACAUAUAGCCUAGAAGUAGCUCAACCAGUCAGAACACGCAGCAUUGAUAUUAGACCAAUAGCUGGAUUUUACUAAAAACAGUUAUUCAUAGAAAGAUUGAUAAAAAGAUGGGAAAUCCAAUUUUGCCGCUGGCUAAGACUGCGCGCGUGACGAGAUUAUAAAUUCGCUUGGCUCGCUUUCGCGAAAUUGAUUUCACCGGUGGCAUUCAGUUGAACAUUUCGUUAACAAGGUGAACUAAACUGUGAAGCAAAAGUGGCUGCUUUUGAGAAGUCAGUUUAUUAGAAAUCUACAGUUUGAUUUACAUACACGAAUAAAUUGCAGUUUAAUUUGUCUUUGGUUCAUUUCAAUGGUCACAUCUUAGAAUCACCUCUCCCACCAGAAAAAAAAGGUACGGAACCGUAGUACAAUUAGAUCCGAGCCACUUUUGACAUGUCCACCGAGAGAACUGGUUGUUUCGGACGGACUGGGUUUGGUGCCCUUUUUAAAAAGCAUGCAGUGGCGUAGAAACCAGAAUGCCAAAAAUCGGACCUAAACUCGUUGAUACUACAUAGGUGUAAGAGUUGAAAGUAGGAAUCCCGAAACAGUUGAUGAAAUUCCACUGGUGUAAUUUAGCCGCUAGCAAUCUUGCGGUAGUUUUUAUGUUUAAAAUUCUACAAUACAUUAAGUGUAGAAAACCUAAAGAGAACGAAGACGAUAAUGAACAAACUGUAACAAAAUAUUUGUUUCUGUUUUUUUUAACUUGCUUUCUUUGUAUCCACGGUCUUCCGUGGUUCUUAUCGGGUGGCUUCGUCGCACCCUACCCAUUCUUAAUGCCUGACAUCAGGUAUAGCUAAUGCCAAAAGAGGAUUCUCGUUAGCAAACAAUUACUAUCUUAUUAUAACAAAUUGACGCUUGUGUUAAGUGAUGUUUAAAACAGGAACAGCAGUGUUACUUGAUAAUACACGUGCUGUGAGUGUUUUUGAACAGCUUUUGAACGUACCUGUCUUGCCUGCUCGGGUAGCCAGUCAGGACAUAGGAUGCGCUUCACCUUGCCUGCUCGCGAAGAAAGCCUUAGAAUAACGGAAAUUAAAGCAAAAGAGAUGGUAAAAGUCUUAAAUAAGGGAAAAUCACGUGAUUAACACAAAGAAACAGCUUGUUAGACAAAAGGAACAUUUUUUACCUUGAUUGUAGAAGCGUUAAAACAUUACUAAGCCAUGAGGUAAACUAUACACAAAGAAAUGUCUUCUUUCGAAACGAGAUCAAAGAUUUCUAGGGAUCAAGACUUAGAGACGCAAUCUCCCCACUUCAAGUAUUUUGCUGUUUCCAUGAUACUGAUAACAGGAGUUUAGGUCGCGGAAAUUAUUAAUUAUUUAACGCGUUCACUUGGGUGGAUUACAUGCCAAACAGGAAAAAACAUUAAAAAUAAAACGAAUGAGAAUGUGAGGGCAAACACGAUUUUGGCCAAGAGGUGCUAUGCAAGUAACAGAAUUUUUAGCAAGGGCUUACAUUUAUCUAGUGACACUUAAAAAGAACAAAAGGUGUUUUAAAAUGAAAAAAUAGAAGAACAUUUCAUUAUACAGAUCAUUGCUCCUAUCGACAAUGGCAUCUAAACAGUUUGAUAAGAGAAAAACACAAACAGCCCAAACGUUCAUGUAGGGUUGAACGUUCUUCAGGCUUGUCAUGCAAUCCUCCCUCAGGAUUGCGUGACGAGUGAAAUAUCUUCGUAGCUAGGAGGCUAUAGUAUAGAAAUUUGGAGUCACGUUUACGGCAAACGUCAACUACAGGUUGACAAUCCUCAAAUUAGGUAAUGAACAAACAAAAAAUGUCCAAAAUAAUUCUUAUGGGGAAAAAGCCGUGAAACCAAAGCUUGGUCACUUGAUACAAAUUGACGUUUGACAUUGCCGAAAACGUGAUUCUAAGGCUAUGUUCAAACUAUAGCGGAUGGUUUUUCGUGUCCGCACGAAAAAGUAUCCGGUAUAGUAUGAACACCUAUCCGAUAUGCUUGCUUCGCUCCGUUACAGAAAUCGCACCGAAAUCACCCUUGUUGUGUGAGAACAGAAGCCCAAUCAGGCUUGGUUUCGUGCCGGCACAAAAGUUAUCCGGUAUAGUGUGAGUAUAGCCUAAACCACCAGAAUUCAGCUUUUUAACUCGCAGUUUGUUUUCUUCUACGUAAUCGUCUCCAUGUUCACUAGUAUUCUGUCCGGUUUUCCAGUCGAGUGCACCUUGCGUUAGUUUAAGCAUGUUUAGCGGGCUUCCGUCCUGGGCCGAGUUGUUCGAAGGCCGAUUAUCUCUUAACCCGGGGUUAAAUUUAACCCGGGUUUCAUUUUCUUGUAUUCAAAAGCAUUUUCUGAGAUAAUUCUCUCUGUUAAUUUUAGAGCUUUCAAUCAUCAACUUGUAGACAAAAAGAAUUAAAACUGAAAUGCUUUUUAAGCUUUCAAAUCUGAAUUCAAAUCUCGCACUAACCCUGGGUUAUGUUAUCCCAACUUUGAACAACUCGUCCCUGAACGUUUCGUAGAAUUCGUCGUGGGAUAGCCUGAAGUUCAGACAUAUCUUCGACUCGGAAACUUCCUCAGAGACGUCUGAAUCAGCGAGCCGCUAAUGCCGUCCAGUAAUGUCACUACUCCUUUGCUUUAGUUCAUGCAAAAAGUAAAACACGAUUUGCGACUGGCAAACAAAAAAAUAUCGUCUGAAAAUGUCUACAUGUUACAGAAUUGCUUUACUAUUAAAUAGUUAUUCAUGUUUCAUGUUCAAACUGAACGUAUCUGUUGCAAGUAUAGCGCCAUAAUUUAAUAAUUAAACUCGAUCUGGGCCACGCAAUGAAAUAAAUACACGUACACGUGACACUUCAAAGCCACAGCAAUUUGUUUUAAUUAAAAAAAAGCUAUUUGGUCCUUAACGAAGAAAAAAGAAGCAAGAAAACAAGAAGAAAAAGCUGACAGAAUCAUUACACUUGACGGUGGAAAUCAGGGCAGGAAGUUCGAAUUACAAAAAUGGAUCACCGAUGCUUCGCAUAAACGAAAUCACAACCGAAACCACAAAGCGGCUCUAAAUGAGAACCUACCGACUCUCCGCAUUGAUUCGUCAUUCGUACUUCAAUUUAACAAGUCACUGUUUCGAAGACAAUUUUUUCGUUAUUUACGGUAAAGAUUGUCUAAAUUUUUUAACUCCACGCAAGCAAACGAUCCGCUGAAUAUCAAAUGACAGUUCCGCUAAAAUUUUUCAUAUUUAUACAUAAUUUUGCGAAUUGUGUAGAGGUGGUGUAAAUGGCAAAUUUCAGCCUAACAUGUUCUUACAAACUAGGUUCUUAGUUGCGGGUUUUUACUGUAAUAAGGUAUGCGAGAAAUCUCUUCGCGAUGUACAUCCUAUUAUGAACUUAGUAAAUAUAUCUUAUAGACAAUAAAGGGGCAAGGAACCUCUUUUGCAGAGCCUCCCUUUGUCUGAUAACUUAAGAAGACAGUAAAAUUUCAUUUCUUUUAUAUCUACAUGUUAUAAAGGUUGGCCCAAUCAGGACCUUGUUCGAGAAAUUUGUCAAGAUGGUUGUCACCUGGUUACAAAGCAACCAAAAGGAUUAAAUAUUCCUGAGUCAGAAAAGGGGCUUUUCUGGCGUUUGUCCUUUUCAGCCGCUGAAAAGGAGCUGUUUAUUCAUGGGGGUCAUGGCGAAGCAAGUUCUUGCCGCAAACAAGUUUUGCGAAUAAUGAAGACGCUGAAGAAAGAUAGGAAUUGGGAUCAAUUGACAUCAUAUCAUCUAAAAACCAUCAUGUUAUAUGAGUGUGAGGCCCACCCCAAUCCAAACCAAUGGAGCUCUGACCAGCUGAGUAGGAGACUGAUUGGCUUUCUGAGAAGGCUGGAAGGCUGCUUGGAGGACGAAAACUGCCCCCAUUACUUCAUAAAAGACAUCAAUCUAUUUGAGUUUGUUUCACGACCAAAGUGUUGUGAGUUAGCUUCCAAAGUACGUAAAUUUAUCGAGGGGCUUUUUGAAGAGAGGUACCUAACGUAG